AUGUCGUACCUCCACACUCACUGGAGAGAUGUUGAUGUUGUUGCUCACUGUGAUGAUAAAAGUGUUGGUGGUAUACAGAGUUCAGUAACCAGGAUGUUGCAAGCAGAUCCUGAUUUUGUUAUGGGUCAUGUUUUGGCAUCUUUUUGUCUACCUGGUCAUUUAAAGGAUUAUGAUGUUGCUCAAUCACUAGCCACAGAAAAUAACCUUACUGACAGAGAAAUGCUCCACCUUAAGGCUUCAAAAGAGGUGGCAGCUGGAAAUAUGAUAGAAGCACAAACCUUGUGGGAUGACAUUCUGAUUGCUUACCCCAGAGACAUACUGGCAUUAAAGAUGCUUUCCAACCACAGCAUAUUCGUCGGACCUAAGGAUUUGUUAAGAGACUGUGUGGCAAGGGUUUUUCCACAUUGGAAGCAAGAAAUACCACUAUAUGGGUAUCUUUUUGGUAUGCAUGCCUUUGGUUUGGAGGAGACGAAUUUCUACAGAGAAGCAGAGAAACAAGCUCGCAAGGGAUUGGAGCUAAUUCCUACAGACACGUGGGCAACACAUGCCUUGGCUCAUGUUUUGGAGAUGGAAGGCCGUCAGGAUGAAGGGAUUGAAUUCAUGAAAAAAACCAUGGAAAACUGGAAGCCUUGUGAGUCUUUAACCUGUCACAAUUUCUGGCAUUGGGCUUUGUAUUAUAUUGAAAAGGGAGAUUACGAAGCAGCGCUUAAUGUCUAUGACACUGAGAUGGCUCCAAGAUUUAAAGCAAGCCAGGUUUUUAAACUGAGGGAUGGAUCAUCUCUGUUGUACAGACUGAAACUUGAAGGCAUUUAG